AUGAAUUUGACGCUGGAGCCCAGUAUCCAGUCCCUCGUCUCACCUCAUCUAACAACCGUUUUCCGGAAUGAGCACGGCGGUGGAACAUUGGAAGUCGGUCGCAUCCCAACCAGUUGCCACUAUCAGCACCGGUCGCCCGAAGUUUACGCGGCUAUUAGCAGUUGCGAUGGAAAUAUCGUUCGUCUUUUUAUUAUUUACAGUUAA